CGAGUCAUCACAGGCAGUGAAAAGCCGAAAUCGAUUAUGCAUACUCCGGCCCUUCCUUUCUAAUCGCUCAUGUCACUGGUCCCUUUUCGUAAGUAACCGAUCCGGCUCUCUUGCUGUUCCUCCCAUCCGGUGUCCCUUUAUAUACCACGCUAUCCAUCCAACAUGAAUACCCCAAAGCUGUCUCUGCCCAGGUUUUCCCUGCCAUCAUCGUAUACUCUAGACAGUCAUGGUCUGCUCUACUUCUUCUUCUCCAAUCCACAAGGCAAGCCUUGUAGACCCUGCUCUACAUUCACCUGCUCUCUUGGAGCUCAUCGAAAUAAAGCUAUCGCGACCUGUUAUCGAAUAUGUCGUUGAUUGUGUGGUAGACACUGUUAACUAUGCUAUGGGUCGUGCAUCAUCAUCUCGUCGUGGCCGCAGCAUGUCUCGCCGCCCAGAGCACACAAAAUUCACUACAUUCGUCUCCAAUGUCAUCACUCGGGCAGAAGUCACAAUUCCUACGCUUCUUGUCUCCCUGGUUUACAUCAAUCGCGCCAAACCUCACUUGCAAAUUGCUCUAGAGGAGUGGGCGUGCGAGCGCGUCUUUCUCGGCGCCGUAAUGGUUGCCAGCAAGUUCUCAAAUGAUUCCACACUUAAAAAUGUUCACUGGGCGCUCUGCACCGGUGUAUUCGGCAAACGUGACGUCGGCCGAAUUGAACGAGAAUUCCUCGACGUUCUUGACUUUGAUUUGUCGAUUACCGAAGAUGACAUUCUAAGCCACCACGAUAGCUUGUCUUCAGUCGCUCUCCCUUCCCACGACUUUCGCAGGCUCGCAGACUACUCUUCAUCCCACGCGCACCCACAAUACCACCGUUCACACCAUGUUAAUUGCCCAGAUUUGGAUCCGUCUAGCCCCCACUCUUCGUCUUCUGAGAGUUUGCCUCAGCCACUUACUCCCGAGGCUGUGGAAAACUCUUCAUUCGAGCCUGUUGUCAAGUCGCACGACGACGCCAUGGAACUUGUGAUUCCUCCCCCACCACCACCAAAGAAGUCGCAUCAUCCUUCAUCCACACUCGACUUGAUACGGUCAUUCCCACUUCCCGUACCUCAUUCAAAUUCACGUUCUCAGCCUCCCAGUUCGCACAAGUCGCACAAUCGUUAUUCGCAUUUCCCUUUUAAGAAUCCAGUGAUGUCAGUCGCUGCAUAGAUAACUUUCUCCAACACAACGUCAUAAUUCGUUCUGUGGUGUUUUUCUCAUCUUCUUCUUCGUAACCUUAUUAUGUGGUGUCGUUAUAUUUUCAAGACUUAUUCCACAACGGCCUCGUGCUCAAAAGCUUAUCGUCAUACAUAAAGUACUAUCGCCAAUACUAUGGUCAUCCACUCCAAGCACACGUUCAUCAGAUCUGACAUGUCCGGUGACUCCACUCCAUGCAUCCCCGUGAAUCUGCC